UCUGUUGCGCAGGCUUGCAUCAGAGUUCAGACCAAAAGGCAUUUGCGAGAGAGAUGGCUUCCUUCCUCGCGGCCGCAGCGGAGAAGGUUGGUCCGGCCGUGCGACGACAAGCUCUUACGCUGACGGAGGCUGCAGCUGCUAGAAUACACCAUCUGUUGGAGAAACGGCAGCGCCAGUUUCUGAGGCUUGGUGUCAAGGGUCGUGGUUGCAACGGUUUAUCUUAUACCCUCGAUUACGCAGAUGAGAAGGGCAAAUUUGAUGAGUUGGUUGAGGACAAGGGUGUUAAGAUACUGAUCGAUCCAAAGGCACUCAUGCAUGUAAUAGGUACAAAUAUGGAUUUUCUAGAUGACAACCUCAGGUCUGAAUUUAUAUUUAUCAAUCCAAACUCCAAAGGACAAUGUGGUUGUGGGGAGUCCUUUAUGACAACAAGCAAUGCUGGAGCUACGGAAACUAGUGGUAGUUAAGAAUUGUAGCAUUAUUGAUGAAACUAAAAAACAAGAUUCCAAAAUAAUCAAAUCCCUUUGGACAAUCUGGAUUCUAACAGUAACCUUCCAAACUCCUUUUAUAAGCACUGCUGAGGCUUGCCAAGUUAGUCUUUGUAGUUGCUAACAUUGGAUUUGGAGCCACAUUCUUCGUAUAUAUUGUUGCUAACCCCAUCUCAUAAAUAAUUAUAUUUUCCAUAAGGAGUGUACACUUCUAACAUUCUUGCUGUAUUUUUUACAGAAACAAAGCAGUAGUGUAAAUGGGAAGAAUGAGGAUAUUGUUUGUGAGAACUCUUCUAGCUUCUCUGUUUGUUAUUGAUGUUGCAUGGCAAUUUCUUUUUGUGUUAUCCUUCUACAUUAUCUUCUUUCAUCAUGCAUGCCUCGUUGAUACCAUCCUAGAUGGAGCAGUUUGAAUAAUGCAAAUGAUAGUGAUGAUUCUAUUUUCUACUUCAUUUCUUUCUUCAUUUCCGUGACAUGUACAGAAAUCCAGAUUAAGCAGCAAUGUUUAGAAAAGAUA